AUGGCUUUUGAUGGCGGUUACUCGAACGUCUGGGGUACAGUAGCAGCCUUCGUGGACACUGCCAGAAUGCGCUUCCUGGAUAUCGCUCGGCGGCCUCUCCUGGCAUGGCUUGCUCCGCUCUCCCUGCUGAGCUCAAGGGUCUCCGACACGUACGCUGCCGCUUCGUACAACUCGACUUUGCUCGAUCCAUCAUACACUCGUCUCCCGACCGGAGCCGUGAAGCCUCUUGGAUGGGCGCUGGACAUGGCCCAUGUACAGGCGAACGGUCUGGCCUCUCAACAGCCAAUUUGGUUCAGCUACGUCAGAGAUUCUGUUUGGUUCGGGGGAGCGCUGGAAUACAGCGAAAUGCAGGAGGCCGCGCCUUACUGGUAUAACGGAUGGGUCGCACUCGCUUACCAGCUUCAGAACGAGACGCUCCUCAACUACACGUCGACGUUCCUCGACUACGUGCUUGACUCGCAGGAGCCGUCCGGCAACUUUGGCCCUCCGCCGUUCGACACGUCGCUCCCUGUGCUGCUCUGGCCGAGAUACAUGAUCAUGCUGGGGCUCAUUCAACACGCCGAAGCAGACCCGAGCCAGGCAACCGCCAUCAACGAUCUCAUGCACAACUUCGUCUCCUAUGCGCGGAACGCUUCGCGACUGGCGAUCUCGGGACGGAAGACCUCGGCGAGCAAUACGGCUACCAGGAAGUCAGAUGGGAGGAGGUGCGUCCUUUUAACGCAGGCGGAAGCCGCUGACGAUGCCAAACGUCCUCAGCUCGUGCUCGUGCUGCAAUGGCUAUACGACAACGACCCGCGCGGAGAAGAAGCGCAGCUGAUUUCGCUCAUGACGGCCGCGCGCGAGCAGGGUUUCUCGUGGAAGGACGACUUCUACGUCGAUAACGGUACGUUCCGCGGGAAGCGGUGUCCGCGGCGGACUCUGGCAUGCACAACCACGGCGUCAACGUUGGAGAAUUCGGAAGCGUUGGCUUGGCGUGUGACCGGCGAGCAGAGCGACGUCGACAGCACGUACGACCGCAUUGGCAUGCUGUGGGAAUACCACGGUCGUCCACAGGGCAUCUUCAGCACGGACGAACAUCUGGCAGGCCUCGAUCCGUCCAGAGGUUCGGAGUACUGUACAAGCGUGGAGACGAUGUUCUCCCUGGAAAUGAUCUAUGCGACCCUCGGCAAUCCCGAGUGGGCGGACCUUACCGAGAAGAUCGCAUAUAAUCCCUGCCUGCUCAGUACUCCGGACUGGUGGGGACACCAGUAUCUUCAACAGACGAACCAGAUCUGGGUGAGGAAUCACACUGAUGGAAGGGCGUGGGCUACGGACGGGCCCUACAGCAAUGUGAUGGGAUGGAGCCGAACUACCCUUGCUGCACCGUCAACCAUCCGCAAGGGUGGCCAAAGUUCUGGGCGAACAGCUUCCUGCUCGCUGAUAACGGGACCUCGCUCGUGCACGCGCUUCUCGGGCCCGCGACCGUCUCCACAGCUCUUGCGAAUGGCACAAGUACCAGCGUUACGGUCGACACGCUGUAUCCAUUUGGCCCGGCGCUCUCCUACAAUUACCUCAACGGCACCCUUCACGUUCUACAUCCGCAUCCCUGGCUGGGCGCAGAGCGGCAGCAGCAUCAGCGUCAACGGCUCGCCUGCCUCCCCGCUGUCCCCAGACCCCAGCACCGCUCUGCAGAGCGUGUCCGUCGACACGGGCGAAACGACAGUAGCGCUGUACCUUGACAUGCAGACCCAGAUCGAGGAGGGUCCGAACGGGAGCAUCGCCAUACAUCGCGGACCGCUUUUCUACGCCGUUGACCUGGCAUACAAUGACACCGAGACGGAAGCGCUGAGGUCCACUGGCCCACUGGAGUUCAUCGAGACCCUACCCAAUGUUCCUGAGUCCGACCUAACACAGUACGAUAACAACACGCACGAUCACACCUGGCUCCCCACCGCUCCGUGGAACAUCGCUAUCGACCCCUCGACCCUCGCGUUCCACGAGGAAAGCGUCGACUCGCUUCCCUACUACGUCUGGGACACCGGCGCGCAGCCGCAGUCCAUGACCGCGCUCGCAUGCGAGAUCGACUGGCCGGUGGUGUCGGGCGACGCGGACUGGCCGCCGCAGAGCCCGAAUACGUGUACGGGAGAGCCGUUCAACGUCACGCUGCGGCCGUUUGGUGGGACGAGGCUCAGGAUUGGGCAGUUGCCGACGAUGUCGGUCGGUUCAUGA